AUCGCAUCGCAUCCCGUUCGAUCGUACCUGCGACACCCGAAGUGUAUCUGCUACUCUCAUACUCUGAAUAGCCUCAUCCGACGCCAGGCUCCACUACAUCCACUAGCUCGACCUUUUCUCUUCUACCUUCACACACGAGCUUCUAGCUUGCCAAACUAGCCCAUCAUGGACCACAGUUCGAUGGCCAGCUCGACGGACUGCAAGAUGUCUAUGUUAUGGAACUGGUACACCAUUGACGCAUGUUUCCUUGCGUCCUCAUGGCAGAUCAAAAACGCCGGCAUGUUCGCCGCCAGCUGCAUCGGCGUCGGUCUGCUCACCGUCUUCCUCGAAGUAUUCCGCCGACUCGGAAAAGAAUACGAUGCCCUCAUCCAGCGCCAGUUCCAAGCCCGCGCCGCCGAACUUCAAGCCCGCAUGCCCAAGGAGACGGACUGCCCCGCCGUCGUCGCUCCGCAGACGCUCGUCUUCCGCGCGUCGCCGCUGCAGCAGCUCAUCCGAUCCGUCAUCCACGCCGCCACGUUUGGAUUGGCAUACAUUGUCAUGUUGCUAGCCAUGUACUACAACGGCUACCUCAUCAUUUCCAUCAUAAUCGGCGCUGGCCUGGGCAAGUUUCUUUGCGACUGGCUCGUUAUUCGUGUCACUCUGGAGGCCCUUGCGCCAGCAGCUCCCAACAAUAUUGUCGGGAUCGAGGAGCCAAGUGUCUGCUGCGGUUGAGAGGAUGGCUGUCCUGGUCGAAUUCGCAUUCUGAUUUUACAACGGGCGUUCGGAAAAGCGUCUUAUGACGGGGCGUUUGUGGCGCGGCAUGUCUGCUAUUUGUCGCAUGAGGUUCGAUCUUCCUCGGGCUGGGAGCAAUUUACAAGGUGCCCAA